GGUAGAUUCAUUCAUUUGAGGUUAAACUAUAUUACGAAGAAAUGCCAGUUGAUCCAGAAAAAUUAGCCAAAUUACAAAAGGCUACUGCUAAGAAAGUCGGUGGUUCCAGAGUUAAAGCCAAGAAGGUUGUUAAAGAACAAGAUGACACCAAAUUAAUUGAAGCUUUAGGUAAAUUAAAAGCUACUAAAGUUGAAGGUGUUGAAGAAGCUAACUUCUUCAGAGAAGAUGGUAAAGUCUUACAUUUCAACAGAGUUGGUGUUCAAGGUGCUGCUGCUCAUAACACUUUUGCCUUCACUGGUUACCCACAAGAAAAGAAUGUUACUGAUUUAAUUCCUCAAAUCUUACCACAAUUAGGUGCUGAAAACUUAGAAAUCUUAAGACAAUUAGCUGAACAAUUACAAGCUGGUAAGACUCCAGCUGACUUACAAGCUCAAGCUGCUGCCGCCGGUGGUGAAGAUAUUCCAGAUUUAAUUGAAGGUCAAAACUUCGAUGAUGUCGAAUAAAUGGAUUAGUCAACAUUUUUGAUUUUUCAUGAAUUGAAGUAAAAUGAAUUAAUUAUGGAGCAAGAAUUCGAAGUUUAUAUCUAUUUAUAUAAUAUCCGAUAUCAAUUUUUUUUCCAGCACUUUAUUUGAAGGGUUAACUUCUAUUUACUUUAUAUUUUGUGGAGUUCACAAUUACUACUUAAACGAAUUAGUAAAUUAUUAUCAUUUUUCAAACCAUUCUUAAAUCUAUACUGAAAGAAAAGUGUUACAUAAUUUGAAAAUUGUAUAUAAACAUACAUAUAUAUUUAAUGCAUAACGUUUCUUUUGAAAUGAAUCCUAUGUCUAUUUCUAAUUUAGCUGUACUUGUAAUUCGUGGAGUAAAUCGUCAUGUAAAUUUUGCGACACAAAAGUUUUGCGACA